UUUGCCUGUCUGAUGUCUUGCUGACCGCUGUAUUUUCUGUAUGUCUGUCUGACAUGCCCAGGUUCCUGAGUCUCUGUGUGUCAGCUCACCACAUAUCCCCUGCUCUCCAAGUGAAGAAGCCCCUGGUGAUUCCACCAAAACCUCCCCUCAGAAGCAGUUCCGGCGUCUCAGUGUCCGGGAAUCUGAUCUUAUUGGUGAGAUCAACAUUAAAGAGGAGGCUCAAAAGCUGCGGGAAAUUGAACAAGCCAAACUUCAGGAGCGGAUCAGACAACAGCAACGAGAGAUGCUAGAGGAUAAAAAAUGGCUGGAGAAAGAGGAGAAGCUUCUGGCUCCAAAUGAUAACAAGUCACAAAAUGACAGCGACCAGGAGCCUUGCUACAGAGCUGAGUUCACAGUGCCACCCGAGAAACCUCCGAGGAAAAACCUCCCGCCAAUACAAGCAGCUCCCACAGCCAACCUGGACCGCUCGAAUGACACCAUCUAUCCUCAGGUCAUGGAGCUGGUUAAGUCGGUGCUACACCUGAAGAACCAGGUCUAUCAGCUCCCCUGUGAAGAGUACAUCAACCUGGUGAAGACAGUGGGAGUCAACCUUCGAAAAUUGACUGGCAGUGUAGAUGAGCUGUUGCCGUCGCUACCUGCAACAUCCCGCACAGAGAUCGAGGGGACACAGAGGCUCCUGAACAAAGACCUAGCUGAGCUGAUAAACAAGAUGAAACUGGCCCAGCAGAAUGCGGUGACCUCGCUGAGUGAGGAGUGUAAGAAGCAGAUGUUGACAGCUGCCCACACUCUGGCCGUAGACUCCAAGAACCUUCUGGAUGCUGUGGACCAGGCCAGGGUUCGGGCAGGACAAGCCAAACCAGUCCCGAACUGAUGACAACUCCAUCGAUUCAGACAGCAGAUGCACCAGACAGGAACAAAGUCCUCCACUGAAACAAGCAAGAAACUGAUUCAUUAAAAUCCAACACGGGACAGCUAGUUAUUGAGGCUGGGGGAGGCUGGGGCACUGAUGAGGGCAUUAAUUAAGUAAAGCUGGUAACCAUUUUCCAGGGGAGAAAGGUGCUUUUGUUUGGAGGGGUGGAGGGGCUACCGAUGACUUUAAUCCAAGCGAUUCCGUGUACAUAAGGGAACGGUGAUGCAUUUCAAGCUGAUCUAUGCCCAAGUUGUUAAUAAUCACAAUAAUCUGUGGCAGAUGGUAGUUAGUGGUGGUGCUGGAGUUUUAACCAAACUCAACCCAAGAAUGCACUUCGCGUUUGAAAUGCUUAAUUUGGGAGUGACUAAAGAGAUCUGGAGAUGGUAAGAUUUGGUGAAAGUUUGUAUUCCUGUGUUGUUUUGCUCAGUGCCAAAUAUUCUACUCUGUAAACACCGAGAUUAAUAGCUGGCUGAUAGCACCAGGAAGCGUGACUGAAUGUUGCUGCUGUCUGCUCCUGUUGCGAUCAGAGAAUGAUCAGCUCCUUGUGCUUCUCUUGCGAAUGGUCAGGUGAUUGGUGGUUUAUGAGGAAUCCGUACACGCCACAUCCUCCAGGAUAACCUGUUUCUAAGAUACAAGGAAAACAGAGGCAGCUGUGAUUGGACCCAGUCUUGUAAAUGAAUAACUCUGAAUGAUUGUGUUUCUGACUGUGAGAAAAUGAGUGAUGUUGAUGUGGGCUUGAGGAAGGUUAGUGAUUUUGGAAUGGAAAAUCCUGGAUCAAAGUAUGAGGCUUUCUACCCUAAGUUUCUCAGCUUCAGAUUGGAUUAUCCCAACUUGAGAAAAUUUAGAAAGUUGUGUCUUUUCACCUUGUUCACUGUGAUAUAUCCAUCUGGUGGAAGCAGGCCAUUGUGUAACUCCACUGUAUGACUCUGCAGCAAUAACUGUGUAUGUUCCCCUUCUGGACCGACGGUCAGUCUGGUUUUUACACCAUCUCCAGCUGUGCAGCUCACAAACCAUACAGGUGAAUGGGGAUCGACCCCCUCAUUCACCCCUCUCUCGCCCCAUUGCAGUUGUGUUGGCUGAUACUCUCUGACCAGUCCCUCUGACUGCAGUCAUACUGUGCAUUGACAGUGUUGUCCAGCCUCUCAGCUCAGCUCUCAUCACACUGCGCUUGUGUAUUGCAGAUCCUUCAGUUUGGUCUCACAUUCCCAUCCUGUCUGGGACGUGGGAGCAGAAUUGUCGGGCCUCAAAUGAGGGUGAAGAUUGAGGGUAUUUUUCAAUGACAUUUCUGGGCAAGUAUGUGGUUGAGCAUGUGCCCAUCAAAGCUGCCUGUCAGUGACCUGCCCUGUGCUGCUGAAAGUCCUCUGGUUAGUCCAACCCCUACAAUGGCCUGUACACUGCCCAUAUCAGUCCCAAGCAGGGGAGGAGGAGAGACCAAGCAAAAUCCCAAUGCUCGACUGUUUCCCCCUCCCACCUGGGCUGGGGGGGAGCGGGUGGGGCCUAGGAACAGUCCUAACUCCUGCUGUCCAAUCCAAUGUGAAAUUCCAAUCACCAUAAUCGCUUUUGUCUUCUUACCUGGAACAGUCUAUCCUUGUUGUGUCAAUGCAGGAGCUGCUGAAGAGUCCGGAAUUGGAGCACUGUUUCUGGGAACAUG